AUGGCGAGAUUGCGCGAUACAAUUGACCGUACGCCUGAAUAUGUCAACUUUAUACAGGAAUUGAAGCAAUUCCACGCUGCAAAAGGUACAACACUCCAAGCAGAGCCCGUAUUGGGUGGUAGACGACUCGAUUUGUACAAGAUUUUCCAAGUGGUAGUGAGCUCAGGCGGAUUCGAUGAAGUAACAAAGAAUAGAGGCUGGAAACAAGUGGGCGAUAUCUUUCAGUUCCCAUCUACUUGCACAAACAGUGCUUAUAUCUUGAAAGGUGUUUAUAUUCGAAAUUUGUUGGGUUGGGAGGAAGAGAAGUUAUGGAGCAAGGAUUGGGUUCCUCCAAAGGAGCUGUUGGGGCCUCAUGCUCACAAGUCAUCCACCUUGGCAGGAAAGGCGUAUAAAACAGGGAUCAAGAAAUCAACAUCUUUGAAAUCUGCCAAUGGAAAUUCAACCUCACCCAAGACAUCCAAGUCCACCUCCACCUCGAGCAACAACACGCAUACCGCCGCUGCUUCUGCUGCUUCUGCUGCCUCUGCUGCUGCCGCUGCCGCUGCUGCUGCUGCACUGUUGACCCCUCUGACAGCAUCAUUACAACAACAAUUGGGAAAUCCGCUUUUAUACGACUUUGCAAACAACAUCAAUUUGGACCCUACUCUAAUUCCCAUAAGCCAGAGUCCAGCAAAGACAGCAGCCAUACCACCAAUGCAAUUGUUAACUGAAUCAAAACUUGAAGCCUCAGAAAAACAAGACACCACCUUUAAUGAGAAGGAUCGCAUUUUAUUUGCGCUGCAGUUUGGACAAAGAUCAGAUGUGGAAUGGGCUUUGGACGGAAUAGUGACCAUGUCAUUUGAGUGUCCUGAAAGACUCGAACUGAACGAAUCGCCCUUUUUGCUGCAAAUGCUAGUGGGUCUCGCUCAACCCUGUUUGGCGAGUCAUGCUGCCGACAACGCUUUGCCCACUUCAGCCAGCGACACAUUGAGUAUCAUGUUACAAGACGAUAUGGAAUCUUCGCCCAUGAGCACCACAGCUGAUUGUGCUGAUUUCUCCAUCAACGAAUCGCACUGCAAUGGUGCUGUGAAGACUGGCAGCAACGGCAACAGCAACAACAACAAUGGCGACACAUCUGCUUACACGGAUUUAGGCACUUUGAACAUCAUCUUAAAGGUACUUCACAUCCUGCGCAAUUUUAGUUUUCUGUCGGCCUACAUUCCUACCCUGUCGGAGCACGCAUUGGUCAAAGAAAUCUUAGUACAGGCUUUACAAACAUCGAUGAGUACAGGCCAUGUCGAGUUGGGACGUCAUUCAAUGGAUGUAUUAGAGAACAUUGCAGUGCACUUGAGGUUGGAAUCAGCACAGGAUCCUUGUUUGAACUGCAUCUAUCAAGUUGUGGCAUCGCAUGAUCGCUACCUGGUGAUUGGAUCCAUUCGCACAUUGACUUGGCUUACUAUCAACAAAGAGAAUCAAGCUAGUGUGGAAUCAAGCCCUGUCAUGGAGCGCGUCUCGCAAAUGCUUUUAUCAGACGACGAGGAAUUGGUGGGCACUGCGUUAGAGUACAUUUAUCAGCACACUCGCGUCUCUACUCAGUGUCGCAGUCAAUUCUUGACAUCUCCCUACUCGAACGCAUACAUUGGCCUACUGAUUUCGCUCCUGAUGACUAAAUCAAAGUACUUUUGCACUCGGUUCAUUCAAGAGGAUACAGCUUUGCCCACACCCUUGCCUGCCACAACAACCAGUACGCCCAGUCAGCAACCUCAGAAUCAAAGUGUGGUGCCUCGUGUGCCUGAUCUUACUGUGUAUCAAAAAUUAGAUGAGCCUUUCAGAUGUUUGGGAUGGCUAAAGGACAAGUUUGAAGUGGCUGAUAGAACUAGUGUACUAUCGCUCGACGAUGUAUACCUUCUUUACGAAGCUAGAUUUGGGCUGGAAAAGGCAUUGAAAAUGAGAGACUUUUACACUGUCAUGAAGAUAGCGUUUCCAAAGGCUUCCACAUCCGAGACAAGUCCACUUUUGGGUAGAUCUGGCAAAUCAGCACCUGUUGUGGAAGGAUUGAACAUUGUAGGCAUUCAGAUCAAGAUGAGUAUCCUGCAAGACCGUCAACAAGUGCCUUGUAAAUGGGAUCAAUGCUCUCUCAUGUUUGACGAUACAUUCACCUUGCAACGCCAUGUCCUUCACGACCAUAUGACACCUACCGCCAACGCCAGUUAUGUGUGCAGCUGGUCUCAUUGUAAUACCGAGCAAAACUUGUUUGAAAACAAGGACGCGUUGAUAUCUCAUUUACGCACGCAUUUCUACAACCAAAUUGGAGAGAGUUGUUGUAACAGCCCAGUACAAAGCCCGGCACCGUCUCUUUCCUCCUCUCCCUCCACACCCACCUCCAACGUCUCAUCCGCUUGCAGUAUGAGCACUACGUCCCCUACCAUCAAGACCAUGAGCAUUGUGGUUGAUGACUCUGAGAUUCAAGGUAUUGCCCUAGUCGCUUCUCAUUUACUCAAUUGGCUUUCAAAAGAUCCCCAAAGUACAUUUUACUUUAUUCCCUAUGAAAAGGAAUUGACAUCAGUUGCAGAACAACGACCCAAAAUAGCGUCUCACAUUUGGUCCAUUUGCUCAAACUUCAAGUCUUCUUUAGCCAAGUCUACAGCUAUUGAAAUUGAGCCUAAUGCUGGUGUCAACUAUGCUUGUUCAAGUUGUUUGUGA